CAGAACAAAAAAAAAUUUCAGGGAAUUGUAAGUUUCGCGUCUUGUAAAUUUGUUUUUUUUUGUCGAAAACGUACAUUUGUUUUGGGGUUUGUAAAAGUGUUUUUAAACCAUGAAUUCUGAAUUGUACUCGUGUUUCCUAUAUCGCUAUUGAACUCUUCAGCCUGCUGUGCUAAGUGAAAGUACCUUCAAGCUCUAAGUGCUCGUCAGUGCUGUGACUAACUUUAUACUACUGGCACGCCCCCUCCUGGGGCUCCCACCAAUCACAGAGGUGUAAGCGGUGAGCGUGAUGACGCCGUGUCGGCCCCGCCUCUCUGGCGCUGCUUCCUGUGUGAGCAGUGGGGCUCGGUGUGCUUGCUCCGCUCCGCUCUGUCUGCGGAGAGUCUCCGAUAUGGACAGCCGUGUGCUCCCCAACUUUUUAACGGAGGUUUCGUUGCUCCUCUUCUUCGGCAUUUGACACCGUUUUACACGUCCCGGAAAUGGAUUUCUGAACGGAAUACGCCGAAAACAGCCUGUCGUGAGUUAACUUCGACCGCCUGUGUGUGAUUCUUUUUUUUUUGUUUAGUUGUUUAGUUGUUGAAGGAAGAGGGGGAAAAUGCCAGUCGCAACUCUUCUGCCUUUUACCGCGACUCCGAAUAGGAAGUCUGUCAGUCCGACCUCCUUCAGGUUGACAGAGAAAUUCAUUUUAUUAUUAGUCUUUAGCGCUUUUAUAACUCUGUGUUUCGGAGCCAUUUUCUUCCUGCCCGACUCGUCCAAGCUGCUCAGCGGAGUUUUCUUUCAUUCCUCCGCGGUGGAGACCAACACCGGUCCGGACAGCAGCGACUCGGGUUCGGCUGCGAACGACGACAGGGUCCUGGCCAAAAUCAAGAAGGACCACGAAAAGGCGCUGCUCGAGGCCAAGGAUACUCUACAGAAGCGGCCCGAUGAGAUUAAACAGGACAUUAUCAACGAGAAGGCGAAACUUUCAAACGGGGCUAUGGGUCAAGGUGCGAAGGAUGUCAAUCAUUUACCUUUCGUUGAGUACCCGCCCGCCGGGGCGACUGGACACGAACCCGUGGACCCAGAAGCUAAGGAGAGACGGAGCAAAGUCAAAGAGAUGAUGAAGCAUGCGUGGGACAGCUACCGGCACUACGCCUGGGGUUCCAAUGAGCUCCGGCCCGUCUCCAAGCAAGGCCACUCCAGCAAUCUAUUUGGAAGUAUCAAAGGAGCGACGAUCGUGGAUGCUCUGGAUACGCUCUACAUCAUGGAAAUGUUUGAGGAAUUUGACGUUGCCACCGACUGGGUCGAGAAGAACCUCGACUUUAACGUGAAUGCAGAGGUGUCCGUGUUCGAGGUCAACAUCCGCUUUGUCGGAGGUCUGCUGUCUGCCUACUACCUGUCCGGAAAAGAGGUUUUCCGUAAAAAGGCAGUGGAGCUGGGUGAAAAGUUACUGCCAGCCUUCAAAACGCCGACUGGUGUCCCGUGGGCUCUGCUCAACCUCAAGAGUGGUAUAGGUAGAAAUUGGCCGUGGGCCUCUGGUGGGAGCAGCAUCCUGGCAGAGUACGGCACCCUUCACCUGGAGUUCAUGCACCUCAGCAAACUCUCUGGAAAUCCUGAGUUUGCUCAGAAGGUAAUGAACAUCCGGAAAGUCCUCAACCGCCUGGACAAACCUCAGGGCCUGUACCCCAACUACCUGAACCCCAACAGCGGCCAGUGGGGCCAACAUCACGUGUCCGUCGGGGGCCUGGGUGACAGUUUCUAUGAGUAUCUGCUCAAGGCCUGGCUCAUGUCUGACAAGACGGACGAGGAAGGAAAGAAGAUGUACUAUGACGCUCUGCAGGCCAUAGAAACCAACCUGAUGAGGAAGUCGAGCGGCGGCCUGACCUACAUCGCCGAGUGGAAGGGCGGUCUGCUGGAGCACAAGAUGGGUCACCUGACCUGCUUCGCCGGCGGCAUGAUCGCUCUGGGCGCUGACGGAGCGCCCAACGACAAGACGGGCCACCAGAUGGAGCAGGCGGCCGAGAUCGCGCGCACCUGUCACGAGUCUUACGUCAGGACCGCUCUGAAACUGGGUCCAGAGGCGUUCCGCUUCGACGGCGGGGUCGAGGCCAUCGCCACUCGCCAGAACGAGAAGUACUUCAUCCUGCGUCCCGAGGUCAUCGAGACGUACAUGUACAUGUGGAGAUUCACCCAUGACCCCAAGUACAGGGAGUGGGGCUGGGAGGCUGUGCAGGCCCUGGAGCAGCACUGCAGAGUGGGAGGCGGCUACAGCGGCGUGCGGGACGUUUACGCCUCGACCCCCAACCACGACGACGUGCAGCAGAGCUUCUACUUGGCCGAGACGCUCAAGUAA